ACCAUACUGCUCAGUGGAUGAGCCUCUGCCUUUGCUAUGCAAUGGCUCCUUGUGCUUAAUGCUGAGUGACCAGCCACUGCUCCUUGUCCACCAAAGGGCUUUCUUCUAACUAAAGAUUUUGUCAAAAAAACAAGCUGUGUGCAUUUUGGUGGUGUCAAACGCAGCGGUAGCUGUGGAGAGGUACAAGAGCUAACAGCUCCUUUAGCAUAAAAGAGCCUUUGUGUGCUAUGACCAGUAGAAAAGGUGAAACAGCUCCAGUGGCAGUGAACAAUCUCCACAAUACAAAGAUCUCAGCUAUUUACAGCUCUGAAAUUGGUGUGUGAAAUGUACAUCAGAGGGAGAAGCCCUGUACUGGUCCUUGUCAAUGCAUGGCCUCUUAGAAAAUGCAAGUAGUGAUUUUGCCUGCUCCUUGCUCUCACUGAGUCACUGCUGUUCCCGGAAGGAUCCUACUACCUCAUAUCUUCAAUGCCCAAACCCAUUCUCUGUCAUGAAUGCACUGAUGUGACCAUUCCAGCGUGUCCCACCUGGUCACUAAUUUUUCAGUUCUUACGUACAAGAAGCCCUUCUGCGAUACUUAGACCCUGCUUGUCACUGUGAUGUUCAUUUGCACCAAGGGUAGGUGACCAGGUGCCUUCCCAUGAGAACAGGCCUAGAAUAAGACUGAAUUCAGUGAAACACUAUUGUCUCCACAAGCACUGGCACAGUGACUGAUAAGUCUCCCAAACUCAGUCCCUGGAAGAUGUGAUUUGCUAAGAACAUGCCAGUACAAUGUAUGCCCUGAGCAGGGGACAGUGUGGAUGGCAGCACAGAGAUACCAGUGUCCCCUCCCUCAAAGGUACAUUUUGUAUCUCAAAGGUAUCUGAGGUAAUACCUCAAAGGUAUUACCCUUUUAUGAAACACCUGAUGUGAUGCCUGCCCAGAGAAAGGCUUCCUUUUCUAUCUGAAGGACAGGAAACUUUCUAUUUUGUUCACUUCUCUACUGUGUUUGCUGCACAUGGUUUUUUUUCCUGGCUUAAUUCCUGCAUCAUAAUUACCAACACUGGUGCGAUCACUGAUUUCCAAGAUCAAAUACAUAUUCAGGAUGUUCACCCUCCCACUGUCUGCCUUCCAUCCUUCGAGGCCCUGUUAUAUGUAGCAGGCAGGAAUCCCAGGAGCAGGCUAGCUGAGAUACUGGGAGGAAUACUGGCUAUUGGGGUGUUCAUAGUUCAGUCACUAGACUGAUAAUCCCUCCAAUUACUGAGUCUCCACUGGUCAUAUUAUCUGUUACAUAGCACAGAAGAGGUUCCACCCAUUUGAUUCUGGAAGCAGUACUCCAGUUUACACCCCCUACCAAAGCAGGAAGGCUCCUUUCACCAAAACGUUGGAAUAGCUUUCCUCUGGCACUUCUGCCUCAUGUGAACGAGAUGCUAUCGCUCUUGCCCACCUCUUUGCCCAUGUUACCCUCAGGCUUUUUCUCAGGUCUGAAAGUUUGAGUAAGUUGCUUCCAAGAUUCUCUCACACUAGCUGCCCUUCAUUUAGUGCAAACUGGAAUCAUCAGUCACAGGUGUGUGUUUGUUCUGCUCCUUGGGAGUGCACUUGAGGCAGGUGAGGUACUGCUGCCUUUAGUAUAUAACCAGCCCCGUGGCACCUACUGGUUGCUCUGUUAGAGCUUGCUCUGUUAGAGGCUGAGAUGAAUGCAGAAGGUGAGAAGAAGCGUGGUCAUGUUUCUGCCUCUGGGGACAGGAAGUCCAAGAAGAAGCCUAAGAGGAAGGAAACCUAUUCAGCCUAUAUCUACAAAGUACUGAAGCAGGUGCACCCAGACACUGGCAUCUCCUCUAAGGCCAUGAGCAUCAUGAACUCCUUCGUCAACGAUCUCUUCGAGCGUCUGGCCUCGGAGGCCUCACGCCUGGCCCAGUACAACCACCGCUCCACCAUCACCAGCCGGGAGGUGCAGACGGCUGUGCGGCUCCUGCUGCCUGGCGAGCUGGCCAAGCAUGCUGUCUCCGAGGGCACCAAGGCUGUCACCAAGUACACCAGCAGCAAGUGACUGGCCAAGCCCCAAUAAAGUCCCACUGCAUGAUCAUGUCCUGCCUGUCAUGGUGCUGCUGGGAAGGGAGGAAGGGGGAGGAGAAGGGGGUGGGUGUUCACCAUCACCAUGGAUGGGGCUGGCAGAUGCUAGUGGGGGCCCAAGGAGCUGGGCCAGAGCUUUCAGUGGGGUGGGAGGUUGGAAGGGA